AUGUCAUAUGAAAUCUUACGUCGUCGUGCUUUGCAGUAUGCUCGUGAAGUCAAGUAUAGUCUUGUUCAACUUGAUAAUGUGGGUGUGAAAAUAAAAACUAUUGAAAACUACUCUUUAAUCAAACCGUUAGAAGAAGUGCAAGUCUCACUGGAGCGAUUAAAAAGUCAGUUACAAGAUAUUUCAUUACACUUGCACGUUGAUAUUGAUGGAAUUGGACGAGUUGACGGUGUGUUGGAAUCACGAAUGAAUUAUCUGGAAUAUUUAUCAAAUGAACUUCAAAGUGAAUUAUUCCAAUUGCAGAAUCCCUCAAGUUGUACAAAAGCUAAAUAUGUGGUUGCCUCGUUAAAUAAACCUUGUGCAUUCGGUUGUAAUGCCCAUCAUUUAAUGCAUUGUUUUCAAAUGGCCUAUGCAACUGGGCGUACAUUAAUCUUGAAUCCUACUGAUGGGGAGGAAUACACACACUGGUGGAUAAAAAACUUUUUGCCAUUAUCUCAGAAAUGCAGUAUAAAUGACAUUCAGUCAAAUAUCCAUUCUGAUUUUUUUGAUGGGAAGGCGUUUAAUACCUAUCAAGCAAUUACGUGUCCGCACAUAGAAACAAUAAGCUCUUCAUUUGAUUGGAUCCCUCAAGCUGUUCCCAGUCAUUUGAGCAAAUUACUUGCGCGUUUACAUGGUGCCCCAUUUGUGUGGUUCAUUGGUCAGUUGGGUAAAUUUUUAAUGCGUCCAUCGUUUAACUUCCCUGAAGAAUUUAAAAUAUUCGACGAUCAACAUGAGAAUCCAGUUGUUGGUAUUCAUGUCCGACGUACGGAUAAAAUAAAUACUGAAGCGAGUUUUCAUAGUUUAGAAGAAUAUAUGACUGAAGUUGAGAGCCAUUUUCAAUUCAUAGAUGCCAAACGUCAAAUGAUGUCUAGAACUGAAGAGUGGAGAAAUGACAUCAAAUCGCCGUUUCGUCAUAAUGUAUAUCACCAAUUAAAACCAGUACAACGACGUGUGUAUAUAGCUACAGACGACCCUAGUGUAUUUAAUGAAACUAAAUUAAAGUAUCCCAACUAUAUAUUUUAUGGUAAUCGCGGACGUGCUAAUUCAGCUUCUGUCUUCAGACGAAAAAAUGAAGAUUCUAUUAUGGGUGUGGUAACUGACGUGUUCGCUUUAUCAAGAACGAAUUAUUUAGUUUGCACUUUUUCUUCACAGGUUUGUCGAUUAGCUUACGAAUUGAUGCAGUCUAAUCAUUUAGAAUUAGGUGAUGCAAGUCAACAAUUUCGUUCAUUGGAUGAUAUAUAUUACUUCGGUGGACAACAAGCCUCACCAUAUGAAGUAUUAAUAUCAAGCAAAGAACAUGGUUUAUCUCCUGGUGAUUUAGUCCACUUCCAUGGUAAUCAUUGGAAUGGUUACGCAAAGGUUGAAAAAUUGAAUACUAAUCGUAAAGUAAUGGCACCAGCAUUUAAAUUCUCUCCAAGAUUAAUAACUGCUCCUAUGAUCGGUGCACAUGGAAAUCGGUCUGAAUUUAUUAUUGAUUAUAAAUAA